UUUCGUACGGAGAACUUUCUGAUGCUGCCACGAGGAAGAGUAACACCCGUCGGAUUGAGGAAAUUUGGGUUCCGCACUGACUGCAGGAGAAGGCGAGCGCGGCGGAGGUGAAGUGGUAGGGCAGGUGGUGGAGGUGGGAGGUUUGUCUGAUGUAGGAUGCCACGCGGGAUAUAAAGUUGUCCUAUCCAUCAGAUGGUGUUGGAUCUAUCGGCUGCGAGGGGACCACAGACUGAUUGAGAGAGUGUUUUAGCCGUGGAUGAUGGAAUGACGUGAGGUGGGAGGGAGAAGAAGGAAAAAAGCUUCGGUCAUUCCGUCUUUUCGGAAGCAUUUUUGUGCUUUCUGGCUUUUGCGUUUGGCUUUCUGCUUUUCUUCUCUCUGCUUUCUCUCUGGUUUUCCAAAAUUCAAGCUUCAAUUUCUAAAGCUGGCUGGGCUCCUUCGGUGUCAACUUUUCCCAUAAGUGCUUUUGGGAAGCUGAUGAAUUCAAUGAAUGGGUUCGGAUCAUAAAUAAAGAGAGAAAUUGUUGGAUUUAAUUUGGUGGGUUGGGUGGAAGAAAAUUGGGUUUCCAAUUGAAUCGACAGCAUUAAUUGUUUUCCCAUUUAAUUUUCAAUAAAUUAAUGCGAUCUAACUCUCCUCUCUCCCCAAUCCACAUUAUUUUCACGGGUCUCUCAGUCGUAGAGAAGACCCUUUUUCUUCCUUUUCUCUUCACCCUUACGUCUCUCUCUCUCACGAAGAAGAACCUGAUUCUCUGGGCACGAGUGCGAGAGCGGAAGUGCUUUAAAUUUCAGUGGCUUUUUUACAAAUCGCUUUGCCCUUGAUCACUUUUGCUUUUUGUCUUAUCUUCUUCUCCUCCUCCUCCUCCUCUCUGAAUCUCCUCUGUUUCUGCUUAUUUUCUUAGCUCUUUUCACUCCCUCAGAAAAAACGGAGAGAGAGAUAUCUGCCAAGCGAUCGAAGCAACUAAUAAAUCGACGAUUUUCACUUUCUUUGAAAAAAAAUAUAUAUAUUAAAAAAAAAAAAACCCAAACCCCACUCGGUUCUCUUUCCGGCGACCUUUUCGUUUCGCUAAAUAGCUAUCAAUACUCACAAAAAUAAAUAAAUACACAGCUUUCUCUAUCCUCUCUCUCUCUCUCUCUCUCUCUCUACACGUUGUUCUCGCUCACUUUCUUCUUCAACACCUUUGCCUCCUCCUCAUUACCCCAAUCCAGCAUCUGGGUUCCGUUGUCUUUUCGUUUUCCUCACCUGAGUUUCUUCCAUUUCAUCGUAUAUGCGAUCCAAGUUUGAAGAUUUCAGAGAGCUGAGCUCAAAAUUUGCAGAGAGACGAAGGAUCUGUUUCUCGAGCUCGAUCAGACGGUCCAGAAUCCUUCAGAAUUCCAGAUGUUAGUACCACCUGCCUCCAAGCAUCGAGACGUGAGACGUGGAGGAGGAGCCACUCGCUUCAAGCAAUCUUCUGGACCCAACAGCGACACCAAGCUCUUCCCUUGUUUGGAUGGUGGUGGGGACUUUGUGCUCUCUGGAAAAUCAACGAAGAAAGAGAGGCUCAGAAAAUUAAGUGCUCUUGGUACUGCAAAAACGACGAGCUUUCGAGACUGCGAAAUGGGUUGCAACGUGUCUGACAGAGACGAUGAGCUCCCCAGUAAGAGAUUUAAGCUUCCCAGAAAGUUUUUUUAUGAUUGCAAUGGCGUUGAUCAUGCCUCUGUUCCACGGAAGCUGCGAUCAGCAAUGAAGAAGCGCAACCGUGAAUCUGCAUCUCCGUCCCCGUCUUUACCAGAUGCAAAGAAGGUGAACCAUACAAUGAGUGGGAUCGAAUUACUUAUGAAGAAAGACGGCGGCUCAGAAAUCACAAAAGAUGAGGAAGAAGUUGUGGAGACCUUGUAUGCUUUGGCUGGACUGUUCCCCAGGAACGACGUAAAUGAUAAUAGUAAAGUAGACAUUGAAUCAUUAGAUGCAAAUCCUUCAGGUUUGCCAGGGUCAAAGGAGAGUUUGACAUCUGCAUUUGAAGUAUUGGUUUCUGCAGAUGGAAAAGAAAAAUGGGGUUCAUAUUGCCCCUUGAGAGCUACCGAGGCCGCCAGUCCAUCAAAUGUAGAAAGAUUAGGAAAAGAAACUGAUCAAGUUGAUUGUUUGAACGAACCCAUUACUCAACAUGAGCCUGAAUUGCUUAACAGCAGGAAUUCAUGUAUAAGUUCAGAUAAUUCCGUUCCUCAAAAUCUGAAUGUUUCGUCAUUGUCAGUGAAUGUUGAGGGGUGCAAUGAAAAACCUGCCACAGGCAAUGCUGACAACUUUUGCAAAUAUGAUGUAAGCCUGGAUAGUCGGUUAAAGCAGCCUGUGCAAGAGUUGUCCUCAGUUCCUGAGAGAAAACCAGUAACUGCACUGGAGUUGGGCACAACUAUUACAGGUCAAGUUGAACUGCACAAUACGGAUCAGGAAGCCAAGAAAAGUGGUCCAGUAUUGUGGCCUGGCUUGUCUUCAAGUGUCUCUCUUGGUGCUAGCAAUGAUAGUCCAUCAUCAUUGUCACAGUCUCCUGCUGCUAAAAUUCCGCACUGGCUAGAUGCUGCCUUGUCUACCUCGAGAGCUUCUGUCCAAAAUAGUUCGUCUUUUGGAAAGGUUACUAAUGUUCUCCAUGGUAGAAGGUCGUGUAAGAAAUGCGCAGCUCAUGUUUACAUAAGUCACUUGAUUCAGGCUUUACAAAACUCCGAGUGUAAGAAUAAGUUACAGCUACAGCCUAAUCAAAUGACACCACAUGAAGGAUUAAAACAAGUGGCUCUUCUGGGAGUUAAUGUCUAUGCUAAUGCAAACAAUGGUUCAAAUGGGAUUGUUGCUACUAGUAGCAUCGGUAUUUCUAGUUCUGAAAAAAAUUCAGCCGAAGCUAAGAACGGUACACUGCAGCAGAUGAAGCUCCAUCAAGAUCAGCCACAGUUCGCUAUGGGAUCUCGAGCAUACGCUUCACCAAAGCAGAGUUUUGAUUUCCUGUCACUGUCAGCUGGAGGUGGUGGCUCAGAAACUAAUAAUAGUUUUAGCAGAGCUGGAAGGGGGAUGGAGCCAUCAUCACAAUCCCAAGCCCCGUAUAUUCAUCCUCUCAUGCAACGUCACACACUCAUUCCUUUCUCUUUGCCCCAGUCUCAGUACAGCUCUUCUGCUCACCCUAACAAUCCUUCAGUGUCUCAGCAGGCCCAGAUGCAGCUACCUCCAUAUCAUGGCAACCCAUUUGGUCCUCAAGCAAGUCCCACAGCAUCGACGAAGCAGCAUCCUCAACAGCAACAUCUACAGCUCCAACAGCAUCAGCAGAGGCUUUGGGCCGCUCACUUAGCUGCUCAGUACAGGCCGGUGGGAACUUCGGCACCCGCAGUUCAUUUUCCCAGUUGGCAAAAUGGAAGGCAGGAUUCGAUGUUGAUUCCAUGCAGCCAAGGCCUUAUGUCUCCAUCCCCGUCAACGCUUGAACUUGUUGGUCCCAAAUACGCACCACUGUCUCAACAACAGCAGCAGCUAAUGGCUGUAAAUUCAUCUUUUCCUCCCGGCAGGGUAAAACGACAAGAACACCAUCUACCUUCUGUGUAUGAGGAGUCUGGAGGUGGAUUUUGUUCUGGAAGUGCAUUGCCACUGCAGUUGCUCUGCAGCGAGCACCUCUAAUAAUUUCUAUUGGGAAGUAGCCGGUUCGUAAAUUAUUUCAUUCUUUCUUCUGUUCAGAAGCGGGGGACUUGCUGCUUAACUUUAUCGCGACUCAAUAAGAGAUGAACAUAAUGUAUAAAUGAUCACCCGGCAUUUCGGCCAUGUCUUGAUUAGCUGAGGGAUUCGGUUGGUAGGAAAAAUGCCCUAGACUAUUAGGCUGCAAAGGUUUUGUAGUAAUCUUUUCACGAACAUAUUUGAGGCAUAUUGUUCAUCUUUUACAAAGAAGAUAAUAGUACAUUAGUAAUGUUUCUGCUCUACAGAGUACUCACUCUGUAUGCCCUUGUGAAA